UUUUCAUUUUAUUUCUAAAGAUACAGAUGCAUUGGAUUCUAACCCUAAACUGAAGUUAUUCUUCAAGGAAACAGCAUCGAAAGUCAAGAAAUAUAUUGGUGAAGAGAACACACCACAAGAGGACAAGCUUUUUGAAAUAAUAGGAAAGGUGCGAUUUAACAGUUUUUCUUCCAAAAUACCAUUUAAGACUAGUGUUUUCGAUAUUCCAGUUCCAUAUGCAGAUGAAAAUGUUGAACAACGUUGCCUAUUCAUUGGCCUUUCUAAACUGAAUCAUUCUUGUAUUCCAAAUACUCUCUUCGGUCAUGACGGCAGCAUUUCAAAACUUUUUGCUUCAAAAAAAAUCAGGAAGGAUGAAGAGCUAACUGUGAAUUAUUUCACGAUGGUUUGCCAGAUAUACUCAAAAAAUGAUGCAGAAAUUAUAAAGGAAUUUUUUUUCGGGGACUGCAAAUGCAGGGACUGCUCUUUGCCUUAUGGGACCUCUAUUCUUACGAAAGUUAUUGAUGAAACGAAAGCACACACUGUUAUAAAGGACUCUGAAAGCAUUUUGGACCUUUGCAGUACCUUGUUGCGCUUACAAGUGGGUGAUCCAAAAAUCUGGCUAUUUUUACAAGAAAAAGUAAAAAUAGUUUUAAAGAAACAGGAAGGUGUUUUGGGUAACACCAACAUCCUUCGACUUAGACUUCUAGCUUGGAAAUGUCUCCAUGUUAAAGGACCUCCAGAAGAGCAGGUGGAAGAUUUGGAAAAGCUAGCUGAGUACGUUGAGCUUGCAUUUGGAGAAAACUAUAUAGAGCUUCGACUGAUUUAUUCGCAUUUGAUUGAUGUCAGUCGGUUGUUGCUAGAUAAUACCAGAAUUGUACAUUAUAUCCAAAAGCUCUGUCGCCUUCAACGGACUUUUGAUCCUGAUGACCCUAUACUAAAUACUCUUAAAUUUAUGAAUUUGCUUCUUCAAGGAUUUUAGGUGUUUUAACUUCCCCAUUUGAAAUAUGUACUUUCUCUUUUCGUAAUUGAAGAAAUUGCUUUCCUUAUACCAUUUUGGGCAUUCAAUGUAAAAAUUUCAUUGUAUUGUUUUUUAUUUAGUCAUGAAAAAGAAUAAAUAUCGCAUCUUU